AUGGCGACGACGGAGGACGGAAUUGCGACGCUCGCAUCGAACGUGGCGAACGUACACAUACAGGAUGGCGGCUCGGGUACGGGCACGAAGGAGGGUGGUCGAGGCCGAGGCAAUGGCGGCGGUCGUGAGAAGGCGGACCGGGCGACGCGCGACCAGGUGCUGGACCAGCGGACGGAGAUGAUCCUGCUGCAGAUGAUCAAUAAGGGACUUGUGAGCGAGCUGGAAGGCGUGAUCAGCACGGGAAAGGAGGCCAACGUGUACGCAGCAGUGCUGCGGCCGCUGGGCGACAGCGCGGACGAGCCGGCACCAGCGACGAUUUUCCGGGCAGCCAAGGUGUACAAGACGUCAAUUCUCAGCUUUGUGGACCGCGAGCGGUACAUUGCGGGCGAGCAUCGGUUCCGCCACGGCGAGCACAAGGGCAACAACCGCAAGAUGGUCAAGAAGUGGGCCGAAAAGGAGUUCCGGAAUCUGCAGCGGCUGCACCGAGCUGGUAUUCCCUGUCCGUUCCCGAUCCAGCUCAAGGUCAACGUGCUGCUGAUGAGCUUCCUGGGCAGCGCGCGGGGCGUGGCCUAUCCACGGCUGCGCGACGUGGAGCUGCAGCCGGAGGGCGAUCUGGGUGUUGCGGGCGGCGACGACGAGGCGGCCUCGGCCAGCGUGGCGCGACAGUGGCGUGCACUCUACCUGCAGCUGGUCAGCCUGAUGCGGCGGCUGUACCAGGUCUGCCGGUUGGUGCACGCGGAUCUGAGCGAGUACAACAUUCUGUACAAUGCCGGGACGCUGUACGUGAUUGACGUGUCGCAGAGCGUCGGCCACGACCACCCGCAGACGUUUGACUUUCUGCGCAUGGACAUCCGCAACGUUGGCAGCUUCUUCCGGCGCAAGGGCGUGGACACGCUGCGUGACCGCAGCGUUUUUGACUUUGUCACGGCGGCGACCGGCCCGAUCGAGGGUGCCGAGCUCGAUGCCGCGCUGGAGCAGCUGAUGGCGAGCGAGCCGCCGAUCGAUGGCUCGGCCGAGGGGCUGGCAGCGCUCGAGGUUGACAACGAGGUGUUCCGCAGCCAAUUUAUUCCGCAGUCGCUGCAGCAGGUGUAUGAUGCAGAGAUGGAGGCCGGUGCGAUUCGGCCGGGUGGUGCUGUCGACCGGCUGGCCGGUGCCGGCACGGACGAGGACGACAACGUGUACAAGAACCUGCUGGCGGACAGCGGUACCCGGCGGAAGGGAGGCCGAAAGACGCAGAAGGCAGAUGACAAGGACGCGAACGAGGACGAGGACGAGGACGGGGGAGAGGACCGGGCGGACGAUUCGUCGGACUCAGACUCAAGUGGCAGCGGCGUGUCGCUGCACAACUCAGACGAGGAGGAGUUUGGGCGGCCGCAGCCGCGGGGGAAGCGGUUUGAGGACAAGGACGUCAAGCGGGCGCACAAGGCGGCGAUCAAGGAGGAGAAGCGACAAAAGCGACAGACCAAGAUGCCGAAGAAGAUGAAAAAGCGGCUGGUGUCGUCGACGAAGAAGGCAUGA